GAAACUUCUCAGCUACCUGCAGCAGCCAUCAUGGCUUUGGUCCUGAUCUCCAUACUCUGCCUCAUUGUUCAAGCCCAAGCAAUCACCAAAAAGGAAACAACAGAACUACAGCUCUAUGAAGUGGUUCGUCCUCAGAAACUACACAUUUUACACAAAAGGGAAAUAAAGACAGAGGAGCAUGGCAAACAGGAAGAAUAUGAGCCGGAACUUCAAUAUCAGUUUACAUUACAUGGAGAAGAACUCGUUCUUCACCUACGAAAAACAAAGGAUCUACUGGGACCAGACUACACUGAAACCCAUUACUCACCCAGAGGGGAGGAGACCUCGACGAUCCCUCAGGACAUGGAACACUGUUUUUAUGGAGGGCAUAUCAAAAAUGCAAAAGGCUCUGUUGCCAGCAUCAGUACUUGUGAUGGGCUGAGGGGGUAUUUCACACAUCGGGAUCAGAGAUUCAUGAUAAGGCCUCUGAAGAGCACAGACCAGGAAGAACAUGCUAUCUUCAUAGAUAACCAGGAAGCUUUUGAUCCAGCUCAUCGCACAUGUGGCGUGAGGAACGUUGGAAGGAAACGAGGCCUAAUCCGAACCCCCAGGUCACUCAAUAGCUCAGAACAAGAGGACUUUCUCGAGGCUGAGAAAUACAUUGAUCUCUUCUUGGUGCUGGAUAACGCCUUUUACAAUAUAUAUAAUGGAAAUCUAACUUUAAUAAGGAGUUUUAUCUUUGAUGUGAUGAACCUUCUCAAUGUGAUUUAUAACACCAUCGAUGUUAAAGUGUCUUUGGUAGGUAUGGAAAUCUGGUCUGAUGCGGACAAGAUAAAAGUGGUACCCAAUGUAGGAACUACAUUUCACAAUUUCCUGAAGUGGCAUCGUUCUAACCUGGUGAAAAAGAAGAUCCAUGACCACAGUCAGCUCCUGAGUGGGAUUGCCUUCAGCAAUCGGCGUGUAGGAAUGGCAGCUUCAAAUUCCCUGUGCGCUGCAUCUUCAGUAGCUGUUAUUGAGGGCAUAAGAAAGAACAAUGUGGCUCUGGUUGCGGUGAUGUCCCAUGAGUUGGGCCAUGUCCUUGGAAUGCCUGAUGUCCCGUAUGACACCAAAUGUCCUUCUGGAAGUUGUGUGAUGAAUCAGUAUCUGAGUUCAAAGUUUCCGAAGGAUUUCAGCACAACCAGCCGCACACGUUUUCAAAGGUACCUUUUAUCUCAAAAACCUAAGUGCAUCCUGAAAGCACCGAUUUCUAAAAAUAUAAUAACAAUGCCAGUGUGUGGGAACAAACUUCUGGAAGUUGGAGAAGAUUGCGAUUGUGGCUCUCCUAAGGAAUGUGCUAAUUCUUGCUGUGAGGCCCGGACCUGCAAAUUAAAAGCUGGAAACGACUGUGUGAGAGACACUAUGAUGAAUAUCGUAGAGUGAAUCAAGAAGUCUACAUUCAUGGAGUUGCUAUCUUGCUGAGCAAGAAUCUGAAAUUUUAAAAUAGAUGAAGACCUUGUGUAUUUUCACCUUUGUAGUUGAAUAUAGUUUGUUUUUCACAUAGCAUUCUUCAAACUGGUAAAUCAAUGGAGUUAGAGAAAAUGCUUGUUUCUCUAAGGCCUGUUCUUCAGAAAAUGGUAAGAGAAUGAUGACAGAAACACUUCGAAACAAUCCAGAAUUGCAAAAUGUACACGACUUGUAUUUUAACCCAUUUUUAUUGUACCAGUAUAGCCUAUGAAAAACAACUCCAACUGCUGGCAGCAGAGUCUCUGUUUCAUUUGCUAUUCUUCAGUGCUCAUUGAGCCUUGCUUCUAGACAUGCAAUAUGUUACGCUACAUCAAGAUGG